CGCCCCGGCCCGCCCCGGCACGGCCCCGGCGCGGCGCGGAGCGGCCCGGCCAUGGCGCGCUCGCUCAACUCCAUCGUGGCCGUCAGCCAGAACAUGGGCAUCGGCAAGGACGGGCGGCUGCCCUGGCCGCCGCUCAGGAAUGAGUACAAGUACUUCCAGAGAAUGACGAGCACGUCCCGUGUGGAAGGUAAACAGAAUGCAGUGAUAAUGGGUAAGAAAACGUGGUUCUCCAUUCCUGAGAAGAACCGUCCUUUAAAAGACAGGAUUAAUAUUGUGCUCAGCAGGGAGCUCAAGGAAACCCCGGAAGGAGCACAUUAUCUUUCCAAAAGUCUGGAUGAUGCUCUAGCUCUUUUGGAUUCACCAGAGUUACAAAGCAAAGUAGACAUGGUUUGGAUCGUGGGAGGCACUUCAGUGUACAAGGCAGCAAUGGAGAAGCCAAUUCAUCAUCGAUUGUUUGUGACAAGAAUCUUGAAAGAAUUUGAAAGUGACACAUUUUUUCCAGAAAUUGACCAUAAAGACUACAAGCUUCUAACAGAGUACCCAGGUGUCCCUGCUGAUGUCCAAGAAGAGAAUGGGAUCCAGUACAAAUUUGAAGUGUAUGAAAAAAGUGUUGUGGCACAAUAAGGGAGGCAUUUUGUACUUCUGUGUAAGGGCAGGUAUUUUAAACCAUGAAGUUUUACUGAGUGUAAAGAUACAUUAAAAUUUUGAAGAGAA